AUGACCGAAAAAGUAUCUGACAGAAUCUCGAAACUAGAGGGGAAAAACCUUCCCGAACCAUCUCCGCCAGAAGUUAUAGAUGAAGAAGUUAUGGAAGAAGAGGUCGUAGAGAUUUCGGAUGACUCGGAUGAGGAGAACUCUGCUUCUGUGGAAAUAUCAGCAAGCACUCCUCAAAGUGAUGAACCAGUGGAAGAGGAAGUGGUGGAAGAGCAGGAGAUCGAAGAAUACGAUGAGGAAGUCGUAUUUCAGCCCGUAUUUGAGCCAGUUGAAUAUGACGAAAUACUCGUGAGCUCCUCUCAUCAUAUUAGCAUGGGCUCUUCAACUCUAGACACUGAUGAUGUUGCUAGUUUUGCGGACGAAGAGAUUGAAUUUAAACCACCUAGUAAUGACGCAGAAACUGGAGCGGAAACGAGAAUAGAUAAUCUGGGACAAAUUGAUGAUGAAGAAAAGGUGGAAGAAGUUAUGGCGGCACCAGAUGAUGAAGUUGAAGAACACGAUGAUUCUUGGGAUCCAGGGCGAAGGCACCACAAAGUGCUUAUCUCUCCUGGAAACCAUGUCGACGACCAAUAUGACAACGAUGAUGAAUCCUUGGGCAGUCAUUCCUGGAUGCCACAUCGGAAACAACCGAGCCACGAAUCAUCAGAUGGGGUAACUCCGAGAACAUCCCAUCGGAAAUCAGAAGGAAUUCGCCUCGAAGAUGCAAUUAACAGCAUAGAUGGCGCUCCGUUCUCUCCUUCAACGAGUAAGAUAUCUUUUGACACGACAAUAAAGAGUUCUGACACUCUCGAUAAUUGGAACAUAUCGCCACAAAUUGAAGGAAAUCCUAAUGACCGAAAACAUAAAGUGGAUAAAGAUAGUUCUGAAUCGGACGAUUCCUCUAUGAUUCGAAGACAGAAACAGGUUCAGUUUGCUGGCCUGCCCGAGCAUCCACCAGAGUUGAGAAAAACUCCUAACGCACAUUUGGCAGCAGUUCAGGAAAAGAUUGAAACUGGGUCUUCUUCCUCAUAUGAGACUGAUUCUGAGGCAGCUUCAUCGGUUUAUGAGACUGAUUCGUCAAGUGAGGAUGCGAUUAUUCGGCCAACAUCCACUGAAUCUGGCCGUCGUCUCGCUGUCAACUAUCGCCCAUCGACAAGCGUGAGGUCGGCACCAAGCGUUAAUCCAGUAUCAUCGUUGCCGAAACCCCCAUUGUCUCUAGGUAGCUCUGGUACUUCAGAUGUGGAAAGUCAACCGCAAAACGAGAACUUUGUCCCAGCAGCUGAAACCAGUCCAAAGGAGAGCAAAUUCUUCAAGGCACAAAUUUUGUGUCUUGCAAUCUUACUGCUGAUAGGGACGGCGCUAUGUUUAUAUUUCUUUUAUGACUUUACGAGGGAUGAGCACCGCAAUACAUUCAAUCUUACACCAACCAUUGCGCCAGUGGUACCACCAACGAGACCAACUGCUCAGCCAAUCUUACCAACUAUAUCACCAACCAAAUCACCAUCCGAACCAACGCCAAACACUCCAACACCGAUUACACCGACACCCGAUGCUCCAUCACCGAAUAAUCCAACACCGGAUACAACGGCCCCUACUGCUCCAACGCCAUCAACAUCUUCACCUACCAGGUUCCAAUCUCAGAAUAAUGAUGAGUGUGCAGAUGCGAUCGGGCCUGUGCUACCAGGCACAAAUAUACAGGGGACUACUGUUAAUGCGAGGGAAGAUGAUGUUAGCUCAUGUGAUAAUACUUCCAAUAACGGACUACCCGGUGUUUGGUAUUAUGUUCUCGGUAAUGGGGGUGAAAUGAUGGCUCAUACUUGCAGUAACACGUCAAUUGACAGUAAAAUAUCAAUCUAUGGUGGUCCUUGUUCAAACGCACAAUGUUUGGAAGUGAGCGACAACUUUUGCGGCCGGCAAUCUGCAGUUUCCUGGGAUUCUGAAUUUCAAAAACCAUACUACGUCCUCGUGCAAGGAAGAACAAUACAACGGUCCAUUGGUGACUUUGAGCUCUCAAUCGAGGCGAGAUACAACGAUGAAUGCAAAGAUGUUAUCACCUUGGAGGCUUCCCCGGAUGCAAAUGCGCCAAAUGCUCCAAUAAUAAAGGGACAGACUCUCGAGGCAAAUCCAAAUUCAUUCGUUUGCAACGGGGUGACAAAUGAAUCACCUAGCCUGUUCUAUGCCGUUCGCGGAACUGGCGAAGAGCUUGCUGUAAUCUUCCAAGAAGGGACUGAUUUCAAUCCGAGAAUAUCGGUACUUGUUGGCGAUUGCUCGCGUUUGUCCUGUGUGGCACAAAGUGACGAAGGAGACAUACAGUUUUCUUGGGCAUCCAUUCGAGAUAUGAAGUACUACAUCUUAGUUCAUGGGGAAACAGCAAGAGAUGUUGGAAAUUUUGCGUUCCAGGUGCUAAGCGCAGAUGCUAUCGCACAAGGAAGGUUGCCAUGGUAA